GAGGUGCUUCAUCAUCAGAGUACUUUUAGGGAGAGAAGUUUUGCAGUGAGCAGUGCGUCACAGAGAUCUGCACAAGAUAAGAGAUGAUCGAACCAAAGAAUUGAGAAGAAGAUUUCUGUCUCUUAACCACACAUUGAACCGAGAAGCCUUUUCAGCAGAAGUGUCCCUGCCCCUUCUCACUGUGACACGCUCAUCUGAGAGAGAUGGACCGAACCACACAGGAGCUCUUUCUGAACUUCAUGAUUGUGCUGAUCACAGUUCUGCUCAUGUGGCUGCUUGUCAGAUCCUAUCAGGAGGCAUGAACUGUUCAGUCUGGAGUGAGAGCAUGUGGAGGAGCUGGCCACCGUGAUCAGCCCGUGCCGACUGAGCUCCAAAUGAACAAUCGAAGAAUAAUUCGAUGGUGACCCUUUACUUGCUUUUGUUUACUUUUGCACAACUUGUGAACCAUUUGAAUUUCCAAAAAAUGUUAACUUCAUAGAUAUAAACUUAAAGUUGUGCUUCCAAUAAACUGGAAAACAAGUGA